AUCGCUCUUGCCUUGUCAGCUCCUGAGAUUUGCUCGGAAAUGGUGCGUUUGAUGACCAAGAACUAUGACGAAGGCCAUGCGCUCGAAGUAGAUCACAUCCAGGGAAAGAAGUUGUUUGAGACUUUUGGGCCUUGCAAGGUCCACAUAGAUGGCGAUAUGACCGCUGAGAAGGGUAUCUUGCGGAUGGCUGGAGGAUCGGAGGUCUGGAGGAAGGCAGCUGGGGAUAAUGUAGUUCUUUCCUUUGGCCUGAGUUCGUUCAACACCCAAACCGGACUAGCAUCAAAGCACUCAACGCUUGAAAAACGACUUGUCACCAGAGCAAAGAGCUUAGAAUAUGUCGUGCUGGGCGCACACGAGUAUUACACAAGCGCAAAAUGA